AUGAUCAAGAAAGCGAGCUCUCCCCCAAAGGCGCUAUCCACAGUACGUGGUUUCCAGAUCACGCCAGUGGCCUCUGGCGAUGAGGAUUCCGACAAUGGGAUUGACACCCCACGCCUUUCAGCUCAUCGAGGCCGUCCGCGCAUCGAUGAUGUUGUGAGCGCUAAUUGCAGCCCGAUUUUGCGCGGCACGGCUUCGCCAAGAAUCUCGGGAAUCGCCAAACUACGUUUGCAAAUGGAACCUUUGAGCCUUGACCCGGGAUCGCGCUCGUCAUCCAUGUCUCGAAAUGGCAGCCGCCUGAAUUCUUCAACAAGCCUGGGGCAGAUAAGCCGCUCCCAGAGCCGAGAUGGGGCCCGAAGUGAAACCGGCAGUGAGCUUUCUGAUGGCGGGUCGACUAGUUAUGAGGUCAAUCUGGAGAACGACUUCGUGAGCGAGAGUGUGCGCGAGAGAUCUUUUAUGGGAACCCUGGAAGGUGGGUUAAACCCGAGGCGCAAGAUGACGUCGGAAGAUUUUGAGCCGCUUCGAUGCCUAGGUAAAGGAACUUAUGGCACAGUCGUACUGGUGAAGCAGCGCGCAACCGGAAGGCUCUACGCUCAAAAGCAAUUCAAGAAGGCGUCUCUAGUGGUUCACAAGAAACUGGUUGAGCAGACCAAGACGGAGCGGCAGAUCUUGGAAUCAGUGAACCGGCACCCUUUUGUUGUCAAGCUAUUUUAUGCCUUCCAAGACCAAGAAAAGCUCUAUCUGAUUCUGGAAUACGGUCAGGGAGGAGAACUUUUUACUCAUCUUAACACUGAGAAGAUGUUUUCCGAGUCGGUGGCCGCCUUUUACAUGGCUGAAAUGCUUUUGGCCAUUUCCCACCUUCAUGACACUUUGGGUGUAGUGUACCGUGAUCUCAAGCCCGAAAAUUGCCUCCUCGACGCAGAGGGCCAUCUCUUACUGACGGAUUUUGGCCUAUCAAAGGUGGCAGUCGAACAAUCCGAAGACAGCUGCAACUCCAUUUUGGGCACCGUUGAAUACAUGGCACCUGAGGUUAUUCUGGGGAAGAAAUAUGGCAAAGCCGUGGACUGGUGGUCGUUUGGGGCUCUCGCGUACGACUUGAUGACAGGAAACCCACCUUUCCGGGGAGGGAACCAUGCCAAGAUCCAGGACAAUAUUGUCAAGCAAAAGCUCGUGCUACCUUACUACCUCAGCCUGGAUGCCAAAGAUCUUCUUACCCGGCUCCUGAGAAAAGACCCCAACAAACGACUAGGUGCUGUGAUGCCCAAGGAUAUGCAGACUUUGAAGAAGCAUAGAUUCUUUCGCAAGAUUGAUUGGAAGAAGCUAGCCGCACGAGAGAUGGAGCCACCCAUCCAGCCCAUGAUCACCGAUCCUGAAUUGGCAGAGAAUUUUGCGCCUGAGUUCACGGAGCUUUCGCUGAGCCCUACAGUCUCGUCUAGGGACUUUUGGCCGGCUAGUCCAUCCAAAGAUGACAUGUUUGGCGGAUUCAGCUUUGUGGCUUCGUCAAGCCUGCUGGAGAGCGGGGGUUACUUGGCAAGUUGUUAA